AUGAUUAGGAAUUGUCUAGCGCCGCGGAUGAUGGGGUGGGUCGUUAUUAUUGCUACUGAUUAUAAUGGCGCUGGCCCCACGUCAGUAGUUCGUUUGUCCGCCAAUCGAUCGCGAAUACCGGGGACAAUGUAUCUCCGGUGGAUUUUAACAGUGUUAGUGGGGUUAGUAGUGUUGCUAAGUGUAAGCGAUUUAUCGACCGUUUCCGGCGCUCCCAACAACCCACUAGCGGACGAUGAGGAAGUGACGAACACGACGAUGGGCAUUGUCGACAACGUACUGGUGGCUCGAGCCGCCGUAGAACGCUUCAAAACCAGCGUACCAACCGUGGACUAUCUGCAACUGGCCAGUGCCGGACUGCAGGAGUACGUGAAUAAUGUGACUGGUCGGAUCGAGGCGACGUUCAAGGAUUUUGCCACACGAGAUUUAGAACCAGUGCAACACUCCCUCAUCGAAGCCAUCCGUUACCUAAACGGGUACGAUUCGGUGAACAGCAUCUCAAUGCUGCAAAAUCUGGACUACAGUAUGUACAACCACAACCUGAUGCGGUCGAUCAACAGUGAUUUACGUGUGUCAUCGAUCAGCCUCUCGGAGGCGCUCUUCGAUCAGCGUGAUGUAAGUGUCGCGUUGGAUGACAUCUUUGCUGCGACAGAUAAGCUUCAGGAAAACGUACUUCGGCUAGCGGACGUCAUCGAAAAAGGCGAAGCAUGGACAGUGGAGACCAACGCACGUGCUUUGGCUGCCCAGCAGGGCUUCAACGAAUCGAUUGAUAUAUAUCUCAACACUUCACUCUCGCAAAUUGACGACAUUGUCACAGCACUGGAUGAUCUUCGCGGGUUCGAGGAGGACAUGUACCGUCGGCUGAAAGAUCGAAUCCCAGCUACCUUCCCGAAGUCCACGACCAAUUACUUUAUCGCGCUGAAAAAGGCACUAGAGAACACGAUCCAAAAAAUUCGUAUCAACUUCGAGAACCUGAAGCUCUAUAAACACCGUGACAUAGAGCAGUGGAAGUCUCGUGGCUCGAUCACGGCACCGAUCGGGUAUAUGACCCAGGUGGCCGUGCAGGUCGCAUCAGAUCCGAUGCUUUCGAACGACUGCACUGAGUCGUACAUCGAGAAGAUACUGGCCUUUCCGAACUUCACGCUAGCCCACGUGAACAGCUGCCUCGCAGAGCAGGCGUCAAACGAGGAGAAAACCUUUACGAUCAUCUCACAAGUACUUGACACCUAUGUCGUCGGUGCGAUCAAUGCUUCGUACGGUGCGUUCGAAAUUUGCUUCCGAUAUGCACCGCGUAAGCUCAACAAUUGCCUGGAAUUGAGCGGAUACGAAAACAACUGGGCUAAUGGACGAAUCUAUAAUGCGGCCAAGCAAGUCGAGUCGCUGGUCGAUAGCGAGAUACAGAACAACUUCAAUACGUGUGUGGCUCAGAACGGGUACUUCCUGAAUUACCACAACAUCCAGGAGAUGUGCAUCUACAGCAAAAAACGCACUCGCUAUCGUAAUCGUUGGACGAAGUGAUUUGGCUCCACGUCUUAAAAGACAAUAAAGA